GACCCGAUGACGUGUUUAUACGCAUGAGUUUAUCUAGCCAACAUCGCCAUGACAUCGCCUACAAGUAUGAACGGGGAUUUCUGUUGGAGAAUCCGUUUUAGCCUGUCUUUGAUACUAUUACUGUCUUUUGUAUUACUCUGAACAUGCCAUUGGUUUGGUAGUACCUCCAGCACCAGAGGUGGCAGCACUGGGCCAUAAACUAGUAUAUUUACCGAAACAAAAACACCAUCGAAGUACCGGAUUAAGACGUGGAUUUGUUAUGGUCAGGAAGAGGACAUUCCUCAACAAAUAAUAGUUGAAUAAUGUUGCAAAGGUGACAUCGUUCCGUCGAUGGAUCUAAAUGAAGAUAGUGUUAAUUUGCGAUGUGCACCCGGAAUAUGCUUGUGCGUUCUCUGCGGUUUACCUGCAGCGGGAAAGUCGACGCUCGCACAGGCGGUCAACUCUCACACCGUACAACGAGGAUGGAGGUCCACUGUCAUUUCUUACGACGACCUGAUUCCCGGUGACGCUUUCGAUGUGAAAGAAGUCGAGGAUGAGGAGGAUAUGCCGCGAUCGCAGACGGUACUUUUACAACAAACUAAAUGGAAGUUGCACAGACAAGCCGUGCUACAGUGUGUUGAACGGUUCCUACAGAGUCCUACAGAGCUGGGACAGCUACCACCAAGCAUCGACCCGAUCAACAGUGAUGCCUGGAGUCGUCUCCUUCACGCCGCCCAGGUCUGCGGGACAUCGGUGGGCUCUUCUCGAGUUUACCCGUCACCUUUAGAUCGACCGGCUCCGCCACUCGUCAUUCUGCUGGACGACAACUUCUACUAUCCAAGCAUGAGAUAUGAGGUGUAUCAACUGGCCAGGAAACACUCUGUGGGAUUCUGUCAGGUGUACGUCCACUGUCCCGUGGAGUCGUGUGUCAGGAGAAACCAGCUGAGGCCCCGGCCCUUACCCAGUGACGUCAUAGUAGAGAUGGCCAGGCGCAUGGAGCCUCCAGACCCUCAGAGAAACACAUGGGAGCAGAACAGUGUCACUCUGGACAGCGAACACCACUUCACCGUAGAAUACAUCCAAAGGUUGGUGAAGGUGAUCUCUACUGCGUUGGAGAACCCGUUGAGUCCAGUCCAGGACAACGCUGAGCAAAAGGAGGCUGACCGUCAGAGCUGUGUGUCCAGUGUGGUCCACCAGGCUGACCAGGCCUGCAGACGCCUGGUCUCACAGGCCAUGCAGGGGGCCAGAGAGCAUCAACUUCCCCCAGAGAGGAUGAGGUCUCUGGCAGCCCACUUCAAUCAAUCCAAAACCAGAUUUCUUCAAGACCUGCGGAAACAAGUUCUCCACAGCCUUCCCUUGACCCGGGUAGAGAGCGUCGACGUGGAGCGGCUUGUGAACAGAGCCGUGGACGUAUUCAACAAAGAGAAACAGGAAAUCCUCGAACGAUACCUUCCUCUUCGUGACACAGAAAAUGAGGGAUAGAUGAUAGCCAUGAUGUAACUUUCAUUGAUUCUAUGUAAAUAGUCAUAAAUAUUGACAUUAGUAAUGAAUUUUCUAUAUUUUUCUGACAAAAUGUCCAACCUGUUAGGUGCAUAUAUUUAACAAGGUGGAACCUAACAGGGUGGAAAUGUGGAGGCUAACUUAGCCGUAGCACUGUGAGUGAUGUUAGGUGUAUAUACAGGGUGGAACCUAACAGGGUGGAAAUGUGGAGGCUAACUUAGCCGUAGCACUGUGAGUGAUGUUAGGCGUAUAUACUUAACAAGCUGGAAUCUAACAGGGUGGAAAUGUGGAGGCUAACUUAGCCGUAGCACUGUGAGUGAUGUUAGGCGUAUAUACUUAACAAGGUGGAACCUAACAGGGUGGAAAUGUGGAGGCUAACUUAGCCGUAGCACUGUGAGUGAUGUUAGGCGUAUAUACUUAACAAGGUGGAACCUAACAGGGUGGAAAUGUGGAGGCUAACUUAGCCGUAGCACUGUGAGUGAUGUUAGGCGUAUAUACUUAACAAGGUGGAACCUAACAGGGUGGAAAUGUGGAGGCUAACUUAGCCGUAGCACUGUGACUGAUCAAGAUCCAGCUAGCAUAAUGGUGAACACUUGAAGAUCAUUUUUGUACUGUUCUGUCAAACAUCAUUUGAAAUUAUCAUAUGUUCAUCGAAUUUAGCCUAACAGCGUGGACAUUUUAAGAGCGAGACCCUACUAACUAACAUCAUGAAACAUUCAAAUGUAGAUCAAACAGAGUGUUGAUACUUACUCUAGUUUUGCACUGUUAUUGACACACUUCCUGAUUGUGAUGUCAUUAUGGGAAGGAGCGGUUUGACACACUUCCUGAUUGUGAUGUCAUUAUGGGACGGAGCGGUUUGACACUUCCUGAUUGUGAUGUCAUUAUGGGAAGGAGCGGUUUGACACUUUCUGAUUGUGAUGUCAUUAUGGGAAGGGGUGUUUUAUUUUUAUUUAAAGGAGUAUUGAGCCAAACUAACAGGGUGGAAAGUAAAAUCAGGAGACACACAAAACAUCUUAAAUAUAGUAACAACAAAUACAAUAACCAUGAGAGAAAAAAAUAUAUUGAUGACAGAGAUUUUAAGUAGGACUAUAAAAUAAUGAAUAAGUAUUUUGAAUAUUUGAUUAUUUAAUGGAUUAUAUUUCUCAUAGAAGUUGAUGAAUAGCACCUGGGGACUUGGGAAGAAAAACUCCUACAUCCACAGAUUUUUUGUUGUUGAAAAAAUGCAAAUAAAAUUCCCAUUGAGAUCGA